AUGAAAAAGGUCUUUCCUGCGGAGAGUAAACAUGUGGCGACUAAUGUAUUGAUUGAUGGAAAACUGAGUAAAGAUAAAAAACAAAUUGCUAACGCAUUUGGUGUAUACUUUACUGAAACAGUAUCGCGGCUGCACCAAUCGUUUAGUAAUCUUUGUAACAACAUCGGAAAUAUUACAUCGCAGUGUUUUUUCAAUCGUUUAAACAGUGGUUUUGUAUUUAAAUUCGAGGAAGUGAAAGAGCAGUUUAUUCUAAAUAAUUUGCAUAAAAUUGAUGUUAAGAAAGCAGCUGGGUUAGAUAAUAUACCACCACGACUUCUGGAAGACUCUGCUAAUGUUAUUGCCAGACCACUCACAAAGAUCAUUAACGUAUCCUUCGAACAAGGAACAGUGCCUGAUGAUUUCAAACUUGCUAAGGUAAUUCCUGUUUUUAAGAAAGGACAACCCGAAAAUAUUAACAACUACAGACCGAUCUCAGUUCUUUCCACAGUGUCUAAGCUAUUAGAGAAAGCAGUCCAUGAGCAGUUGACCAAAAGAUGCUUACAGGAGCCAUAUUUGUAG